ACUUCCUUUGUUGUUGAUGAAGUCAGUAGCAUCAUUAAAGAGGCCAUAGAAAGUGCGAUAGGUGGCAAUGCCUACCAGCACAGCAAAGUGAACCAGUGGACAACAAGCGUGGUGGAACAAACACUAAGUCAACUCACAAAGCUGGGGAAGCCUUUCAAGUAUAUUGUGACCUGUGUGAUUAUGCAAAAGAAUGGUGCUGGGCUACAUACAGCAAGCUCUUGCUUCUGGGACAACUCCAGUGACGGAACCUGCACUGUGAGAUGGGAGAAUAAGACUAUGUACUGUAUCGUCAGUGCCUUUGGACUUGCAAUAUAAUUGCCUUGGAAUCAUUCAUCCUUCUCUUUUCUACUCCAGCACUUGAUUCCAUCUCUACUCAAACUGUGAAUACACUGAACAACUUCUGGUUUUAAUGUACUUUUUAAGUAACUUUUUUCAAACUCAGAAACGUGAAAACAUGCUGUUACAUGGUUUGUUUGUACUUGUUAUCGUAUCAGUGUUGCCGUACUGUCUUAACACUUCAAGAACUUCUCUUCAAGGUGCUAAUACUGAAAUCCGCUGCAGCAUAAACACUUUGUCUAGAUUUCUUUUUUAAGACCAAUACAAAUGAGACACCAACUUUCCACAAUUUGUACUUUUGGUUAGCAUUAAAUUAUUGAAAUCCAUAA